AUGUCCAGCAACCUGCGGCAAGCCAAUGGCGCUCGCGGCAACGGCGAAGACCCCUUUGCCGACCGCAAUAACCUCAUCGACUUGGACUUGGAAUCAAUGGACCAUCCGGGGCUGCACUACCCUAGCUUUCAGGAGCCUGAGCCCAAUCUACUUCAAACAGACGCUAACAUCACAUAUAACGGAAACCAACCAAGCUCGUAUAGACACCACGCCGAUCCCCAGCUAAACCCUUUUGAUGAUAACUUUGUUUUGUCUGACGAGGAGGACUCUUACUACCACAACGACACUUUGAGUAACAGAGGCACCAGUAGUCACGGCACGCGGCAGGUGCCACUCUUGGGAACAGACAACGCUCCUCCGCCACGAAAAAGCGGCUUUUUCCUGUCGUUGAAGGCCAAUAUCGACGGUAGCUCUCAUCUGGCGGCCUACCAAGGCAUGCUGGACGAUUUGUACGGUGAGAGAAUCAAUGAUGCCAACGCUACAUCUAGUCUGUCGGACUUUGAUAUCCGCAAGAUGUAUAGCAAACUAAAACUGAAAAUUGGCGGCAAACCACCAGACAUUCCGGUGGCCAAGGGCCCGAGACAGAUAUACAUCUUGAGUGCAGCCAUGAACUCUUCCUUUGGCUACUACGGUAACCACAUCUCCACUACAAAGUAUAAUUUCGCCACAUUUAUACCGAAAUUUUUAUUCGAACAAUUCUCCAAAUACGCCAACUUGUUCUUCUUGUUCACAUCAAUCAUCCAGCAGGUACCUAAUGUCACCCCUACAAACAGAUACACCACCAUCGGUACGUUGUCGGUGGUUUUACUUGUUUCUGCUAUCAAAGAAAUCAUGGAGGACUUGAAACGUGCUAAUGCAGACAAGGAACUUAAUAACACGCGUGUGUUGGUGCUCAAUCCGGAUACCGGCUCGUUUGAGCUCAAAAAAUGGGUGAAGGUGAAAGUUGGUGAUGUCGUUAGAGUCAACAAUGAAGAACCAUUUCCUGCUGACUUACUUUUACUAAGUUCCUCUGAGCCUGAAGGCUUGUGCUAUAUUGAAACAGCAAACCUAGAUGGUGAAACCAAUUUGAAGAUUAAACAAGCUAAGCCGGAGACAUCAUACCUUGUGAACCCGCAGACUUUGGUGACCGACCUUUCAAGAGCAGAGGUUCUUUCUGAGCAGCCUAACUCUUCGCUUUAUACGUAUGAAGGAACUCUUCAAAAUUUUGGCAACGCCGGCAAAAUUCCGUUUUCGCCAGACCAACUACUUCUUCGUGGUGCGACCUUGCGUAACACCCAAUGGAUUCACGGUGUCGUGGUGUUCACCGGCCAUGAAACCAAGUUGAUGCGUAACGCUACAGCUGCCCCUAUAAAAAGAACUGAUGUGGAGAGAAUUAUUAAUUUGCAGAUCAUCGCCUUGUUUUGUGUUCUUAUUAUCCUUGCAUUGGUCUCAUCCAUUGGCAAUGUCACCAAAAUUGAAGUGAGCAGAAGCGACCUCAGCUACCUAUACUUGGAAGGUACGAAUAUGGCUGGCCUAUUCUUCAAGGAUAUUCUCACAUACUGGAUUUUGUUUUCCAAUUUGGUACCCAUCUCACUUUUCGUCACUGUGGAGAUCAUCAAAUACUACCAGGCAUACAUGAUUGGCAGCGAUCUCGAUAUGUAUUAUGCUGACACAGAUACACCAACAGGAGUUCGUACGUCGUCGUUGGUGGAAGAAUUGGGCCAGAUUGAGUACAUCUUCUCCGAUAAAACAGGUACUUUAACAAGAAAUGUUAUGGAGUUCAAAGCCUGCUCUAUUGGCGGCAAGUGCUACACUGAAGAGAUUCCAGAAGAUGGCCAAGCUCAAGUUAUCGACGGCAUUGAGGUCGGUUUUCAUACUUUUGUUGACAUGCAAGCGCAUUUGAGGGAUAGCGCCCAACAACAGUCUGCAAUCAUCAAUGAAUUCUUCGUGCUCCUCUCUACGUGCCAUACUGUCAUUCCCGAACAUAGAGAAGACGGUGGCAUCAAAUAUCAAGCAGCAUCUCCAGACGAAGGUGCAUUGGUGCAAGGAGCAGCUGAUAUGGGCUACAAGUUCACUAUUCGUAGGCCCAAGGGAGUGACCAUUCACACCGAUGUCAACAAUACUGAGUCUGAGUACGAGCUCUUGAAUAUUUGUGAGUUCAACUCUACGAGAAAGAGAAUGUCUGCUAUUUUUAGAUGUCCUGAUGGUGCGAUUCGCCUCUUCUGUAAGGGUGCUGACACUGUAAUUUUAGAACGUUUGGACAGAAGCGAAACGCAACCGUUCGAAGCUGCUACUAUUCGUCACUUGGAGGACUUUGCUUCUGAGGGUUUGCGUACAUUGUGUAUCGCAUCUAGAAUCGUUGCCGACGAUGAGUAUCAGGAGUGGGCCAAGAAGCACUAUGAAGCUUCGACUGCUUUGGAUAAUAGAAGUGAGAAGCUUGACGAGGUUGCUGAACUUAUCGAGAAGGACAUGUUUCUCCUUGGCGCAACUGCCAUCGAGGAUAAGCUUCAAGAUGGUGUCCCAGAAACCAUUCAGACACUUCAAAAUGCCGGAAUCAAGGUUUGGGUUCUUACUGGUGAUAGACAAGAAACUGCCAUUAAUAUUGGUAUGUCUUGUAAAUUGUUAAGUGAAGACAUGAAUCUUUUAAUCAUCAACGAGGAGACAAAAACUGAUACUAAAGUGAAUUUGCAAGAGAAAUUAGAUGCCAUCUUGGAGCAUCAACCGGAAAUGGAGGGUACUACUCUAGAUUCCUCGCUUGCGCUUAUCAUUGAUGGUCACUCCUUGGGUUACGCUCUCGAGCCUGAGUUGGAGGACAUGUUCUUGAAUUUGGCAUCUCGUUGCAAGGCUGUCAUUUGCUGCCGUGUUUCUCCCUUGCAAAAGGCUUUGGUUGUCAAGAUGGUAAAACGAAAGAGGAAGAGAUCUUUGUUACUUGCUAUCGGCGAUGGAGCGAAUGAUGUUUCCAUGAUUCAGGCGGCUCAUGUUGGUGUUGGUAUCAACGGUCUCGAGGGUAUGCAAGCAGCUAGAAGUGCCGAUGUGUCUAUUGGGCAAUUCAAGUACUUGAAGAAACUUUUGCUUGUGCAUGGUGCCUGGUCGUAUCAGAGAAUCUCCCACGCAAUUCUUUAUUCAUUCUACAAGAACAUUGCCUUGUAUAUGACCCAAUUCUGGUUCGUAUUUGCCAAUGGCUUUUCAGGGCAGUCCCUCAUCGAGUCGUGGACUUUGACACUUUAUAAUGUCUUGUUUACAGUGUUCCCUCCCUUCGUUAUGGGUGUCUUUGACCAGUUUGUGAGCGCCCGUUUACUUGAUAGAUACCCACAGUUGUACCAACUUGGCCAGCAGAGAAAAUUUUUCAAUGUCACAAUUUUUUGGGGCUGGAUCAUCAAUGGAUUCUACCAUUCGGCUGUGACUUUUGUCUGCUUAAUGUGCCUUAAUAAGUUCUCCACGUAUUUACCUGGCGAUGGUGUGCCAAACCAAUGGGCCUGGGGUACGUUGAUCUACACAACUUGUACUUUGGUUGCAUUAGGUAAGGCCGCCCUUGUGGUUACUCUUUGGACAAAGUUCACACUUCUUGCAAUUCCUGGAUCAUUCGUGUUUUGGUUGCUUUGGUUCCCUGCCUAUGCUACAAUUGCACCAAGAAUCAAUGUUUCGAGGGAAUAUUAUGGAGUGUUGAGUCACACAUACAACAGUUUGAGUUUCUGGGCGGCCAUCUUUGGCGUCGCGUGCCUUUGCUUGCUUCGUGACUUUGCAUGGAAAUUUUUUAAGAGGAGUUAUAGUCCCGAGAGUUACCAUUACGUACAAGAGAUCCAGAAGUACAACAUUCAGGACUACAGACCUAGAAUGGAGCAGUUUGAGAAGGCCAUCAGAAAAGUGAGACAGGUGCAGCGGAUGAAAAAGCAGAGAGGAUUUGCCUUCUCCCAGCAAGACAACCAAAACUUGGAGAAAGUUGUCCGUUUGUACGAUACAACCAAAAAAAGAGGAGCAUUUGGGGAGCUCAGCGAGAGCUAG